CGGCUGCGCGUGCCGUCGUGGAAGCGAGUGGUUGAAACCUCGCCAGGUCGCCUUCAGACCCCAUAGGAAGGAGAUGACGCGCUAUGCCGACUACGGCGACGAGCCGACGACGAUAGGGUACGAUGACGACCUGCUGGUCGAUGAAUUCGCGUCCGUUCGGGUAAAGACCCUCCUGGACACGUACGAUUCCCGGUACAAGACGUACCUGGACAUCGACACGGUGGUGCGAUCUCGCUCCGGGUCACCCGUCACGGGCGCGGGCCUGCGCAAGCGACCCCCGAGGCAGAAGCUCGCGGAGAAGAUCGUGCUGGCACUCGGAGCCCCGGAGAGCGGCAGGGAGACCACGUGCGCCAAGCUCGCCAAGGAGUACGGGUUCACGCAGCUGUGCGUCGAUGGGCUGCUGCGCGCGGAAAUUGACGCGGAGACGCCCACGGGUCUGCACCUGAUGGAGGACAUGGAGGAGGGAAUCCCGAUCGAGACUGAGGUGCUGUGUUCGGUGGUGAAGGCCGCGAUGGCCAAGGUUGGUGCCGAGGGCGGGUCACGCAAGUUCCUGCUGGACUGGUUCCCGAGGGACGUCCGCGAGGCGAAGGCUUUCGACGACCUCGUCGCGGGCAUCGAUUUCGUCCUCUUCUUUGACGUGGACCCGAUGAUGUCCGUGAGGGUCGAGGGAUGCUAUCCGGUGUUGCGCGAGAGGGAACCGAAGGAAGGUGAUGAGGAGGACCUGCUUCGACGACAGUUCGAGGCGUUCGCGGCGUCGCGUGCUCCGGUGCUCAACUACUUCAAGGGUGAGGGCAUGGCGCAUCACCUGCGCUGGUCGGGGACAGAGGAUGGCCGCGGGAUCUUGGAGACGGAGGCGAGGGAGGCGUUGGCGGUGGAGAAGGUCGAGCCGUUGCCCAUACUCACACCGGAGGAGUCCAUCGCGGCUCACCCGGACGACGCGGUGGUUGACGACCUCGUGGACGGCCUCGCAGAAGACGCGCACGAGUUUCACGAGUUGGGCGGGCAAAGUCCGCGGUUCGUCACUAGACGAACAGCCCCGAGCGUGUUUUAGAGAGUAGUACUACAGGCUUAGGUGAAAUGCAGAGAUCUUUCAUCAUC